AUGACGCGCGGUGCAGACAACUGGCAGGCGACAGCGGCACAGGGUGAGAUCUGCGAGAGCGAGGAAUGGGCUCGACAUGAAGCUGUGGAGCUUCUCCAGGCAGCGCGCCAACUACUCGAGGACGAGGAGCUGCAGGAGAACUUGGCAGGUGUGGACGACCUCUGCGGUGGGGUCCUGUCCGGAUGGCAGCCGCCCUGGCUGGAGCAGGGUGUCACGGGCAUGGACUUCAACGAGAACAUGCUACACGACUCGGCGACCCCAGUGCAGCGCUGGGCAGCAGCCCUGGAAGAUGUCAUCCAGCAACUCUGGCAGAAUGCCACAAAG